CAUUUUCCACUACGAUUGCUGCAAGCGAACACUGCAGUGACACGGCAUUGCGGGUCUGUGUUCAACGGUGAAUGGUUGAAUUGGCUACCGGCUACCGUCUAAUGCAUGUAGCACUUCUCAAGAUGGCAGCACAGACUCUCCUUCCGUUAGCGGGUCUGUCCGUUCCAGUGGCCCCACCCUCACAGGCGGAGUCAAACACUCAGCUCGAUCUGUCUGUCCGGGUCUAAGCUUCGGGUAUCUCUGCUUCUGGAUACUUUGAACUGUGUUCGUCCUCCGGUCCGUAGGCAAGCGGCGGAUCUUUGGGCUUGUGGACCUGGCCUGCAGCGCUCCGGAGACUGACCCAGUGCAGUUCUCCUCUUCCACGGCCCCAGACAGAGGCCAAGACCCGGACCGAGGCCUGCAGUGCACGCUGAGCCUCCCGCAGGCCUCCGGCCCGGACUCCUGCGGUUCUUCAGGAAAAUGGACGGUUUUACCGGCAGUUUAGAUGACAGUAUGUCUGCGGCCAGUGUCUCCGACGUCAACGAUCGUCUCUCAGCUCUGGAGCUCCGUGUGCAGCAGCAGGAGGACGAGCUGACUGUCAUGAAGGCGGCACUCGCUGAUGUUCUUCGCCGUCUUGCCGCCUCAGAGGAAUCAGCUGCUGCGAGCAAAAAGCACGGAGGGAAAGGUGGACCUGGACUGCGUGAAGCUUACUCCUUGUCCUGCAUCUCCAAUGGAGGAACAUCUGGACGAAAGAGAGAGUCCACCUCUGUCACAAGAAAGGAGACGGUGUCGUCUGCUGCCAAGAGCGGAGCAGACAGGAAGAAGGAGAUCAGCAGUCAGCGGUCUCAAAUGGAGGAGAUCCAUGAGGGCGAGGAAGCUCCUCCCCCAAAGGACCAGUCUCCCCCUCCUUUCUCUCCCCUCCCAUCCCUCUCCCAACAGAAACCAGCCCCGCCCUCUGACAGCAACAAAAGCCCCGCCCCUCCUAAAAGGGGUCCAAGCGUGAAGCGGUCCUCGGGUAUCGAGAGGUCUCAGAGCACAACCUGGGAAUCCUCAGAGGAAAACAGAAAAAAACUGGUGAAAGCUGCAUCCACUUCCAAGCUGCUGACAAAGAUGGUGAAAAAAGCAGAAAGACACAAGGACCCAGGCAUCACCCAAGCCAAAAUGUCAACCCGGGAGAAAAACAGCCAAGCUGAGGGAAACUCCAUCAAGAUGUUCAUGCGUGGUCGACCAAUCACCAUGUUCAUCCCCUCAGAUGUAGAGAACUAUGAUGACAUUCGAAUAGAACUUCCUUCAGAAAGACUGAAACUAGAAUGGGUAUAUGGUUACCGUGGCAGGGACUGCAGAGCAAACAUCUACCUCCUUCCAACAGGAGAGAUUGUUUACUUUGUUGCAUCGGUUGUGGUUUUGUUUAACUACGAGGAGCGGACUCAGAGACAUUACCUUGGACACACUGACUGCAUCAAGUGUCUGGCCAUCCAUCCUGAUAAGAUCCGCAUUGCUACAGGGCAGAUCGCAGGAGUUGACAAAGACGGACGAGCGCUGCAGCCCCAUGUUCGUGUUUGGGACAGCGUGAGUCUGUCCACCCUGCAGGUCAUCGGUAUGGGAACAUUCGAACGUGGUGUUGGCUGUCUGGCUUUCUCUAAAGCAGACUCUGGUCAACACCUGAGUGUGAUCGAUGACUGUAACGACCACAUGUUGACAGUUUGGAAUUGGCAGAAGAAAGCAAAGAUUGCUGAGAUCAAGACUACCAAUGAGGUGGUCCUGGUUGUGGAGUUCCACCCCACUGAUCCAAAUCUUAUCAUCACCUGUGGAAAGUCCCACAUCUUCUUCUGGACUUGGAAUGGGAAUUCUUUGGUCAGAAAAAAGGGAUUACUUGGGAACUGCGAUAAGACAAAGUUUAUCCAGUGUUUGGUCUUCCUGAGCACCGGAGACAUCCUGACCGGAGAUUCUAGAGGAGACCUGUUGGUCUGGUCCAGGAGCUCUGCAGAGACGGCGCCUGGAAAGGGACCAAGAGCCUUUCAAAUCAGUCGCAAGGUUGAAGGUCCAGAGGGAAGUAACAUUUUUUGUAUGUGUGAGAUGAGAAGCGGCUUUCUGCUGACUGGAGGAGGAAAAGAUCGAAAAAUCUUUCAGUGGGACCACGAACUUCGAGUGGACCGAGAAAUUGAGGUUCCGGAUAAGUUUGGAGUCAUCAGAGCUUUGUCUGAAGGGAAGGGGGAGGAGUUCUUAGUUGGCACAUCUCGUAACUUCAUCCUGAGAGGAACCUUCAAUGACGGCUUCCAGGUGGAGGUCCAGGGACACACUGAUGAGUUGUGGGGUCUGGCCACUCAUCCAUCCAAACAGCUGUUUCUGACCUGCGCUCAGGACGGACUGGUUUGUCUCUGGAACUCCUUGGACCACAGUCUGCAGUGGAGCCGGCCUCUGGAUGAGAUUGAACAUGAUUCUGGGCACUGUGCAGACUUUCAUCCCAGCGGAGCUGUGGUUGCCAUAGGAACUCACUCAGGAAGGUGGUUUGUUCUUGAUGCAGAGACCACAGAUCUGGUGGGGAUCCAUACAGAUGGGAAUGAGCAGCUUUCAGUGAUGCGUUUUUCUGUUGAUGGCAUCAUGCUAGCUGUUGGAUCUCAUGAUAAUUUCAUUUACCUAUACACUGUCUCAGACCGAGGACGCAAGUACAGCAGAUAUGGGAAGUGCACGGGACAUUCAAGCUACAUCACACACCUGGACUGGUCACCUGACAACCGCUUCAUCAUGUCCAACUCUGGAGACUAUGAGAUCCUUUACUGGGAUGUUACAAACGGUUGUGAACUGAUCCGGAAUCGUUCAGAGUGUAAAGACAUCGACUGGGCGACGUACACCUGUGUUCUGGGAUUCCAUGUCUUUGGUGUUUGGCCCGAAGGUUCUGAUGGCACUGACAUCAAUGCUCUGAUGAGGUCCAACAACAGGAAGGUGAUCGCCUUGGCAGACGACUUCUGUAAAGUUCAUUUGUUCGCCUACCCCUGCUCCAAACCCAAGGCUCCCAGUCGUAAAUACAGCGCCCACAGCAGUCAUGUGACCAACGUCAGCUUCCUGUUUAAUGACAGCCAUCUGAUCUCGACGGGGGGGAAGGACACCAGCAUCAUGCAGUGGCGUCUGCUGAAAAAACCUUCUCCAUCCCUGUCUGAUGGCAUCAUCUCUAACCCUCCUCCUCGCAGAGCUGAUCCCACCAUCAUCACGUCACCUUCUCCAUCAACCACACCCAUACAGGAACGAGACCAUCCCCUAACUGCCAACGGGACCCAGGAACCCUUUAUUGAAAUCUCUCCCCCAACAAAGUUAAUCCCACCCACCUCUGAUCUGACCCCGCCCCACUCUGAAUCGACUCCGCCCCCCUCUGAAAGUACGGUGAGUCUGAAGGACAGCCUUGAGCCAAGUGAUGACACAGCCACGCCUAGUGAUGAGGGACUGCCCCCCCUGACCCCACCCUCCUAGAACCAGUCACUGUGUAUUCCUGUCCAGCUGUCUCUGUUGGGACCAGGUCCUGUCUCUGUGGGACCAGGCUCUGAUUUCCUCCAUCAUCUGGAAGUUGGCUGAAUAUGAGGACAGCUGUUGAGUCCUGAUCUCAGUUUCAGACUUUUUUAAGGUUAAAAUUCAGAUCAGUUCAGGACUGCAGUCAGAAAUGUGAUGACGACGAUGAUGAGGACAAUAAUAAUAAUGAUGAAUACUACAGAAACAUUGGAGUUUCAUCUUAUGUCCAACUUUGAUUCAUCUGCUUCUAAGCAGAUGGAACAGAUAAAGGCCUCAGCAGAAACCAGUCCAUAAUUCUCCUGUUAGAAGUUUUCUGGGCUCACAGAAAGUCCAUUGUACUUGUCUGCUCGAAUCCGGACUACAAGUGAAACACUGUGAACAGGAGCUCAUUCUACAGGAACACUUCACCAAAACUGAAGCAAAUGGGAUCAAGUUCAGCAGUGGUGGUGGCUGACAACAGCUACAUGCUAACAGGUGUGCCACAGCUUGAACCACCUGGAGUCAGAUUCAGGAGCAGAGAACAGCUAUCACACACCUGUCAUUUCCACCAUCACUCAACUCUUUAUUUCUGUAACUGUUUUUCUGUCUGUCACAGAGACAGAGAGACAAAACCACUUGAAUAAAUGAUUUUCUUCCUUUCCAAACCAAAA